AUGACCUAGCUCUAACUAGUUAUAAAUUUAAUAAAACAUAAGAACUCUCAAUAAAUAGCAGACUGUUUAAUUUGUAGUUCCAUUAAUGUUAAAUUCUACUACUAUAAAUUAUAAUUCAGUAAAUUAAUUGUCAAUUUCAAAUAAAUUAUAUUUCACUAAAAUGAGGAUUUACUAUUUUCUGGAAGUUAUGACAAAUCAAUCAAAGUUUGGAAGGUUGACUUUAAUCAAAAUUAAUUAAUAUUUCUAUAUUCAUUAGAUAAACAUAAUGAUGAGGUUAUGUCAUUAAGUUUAAAUUAAUCAGAAGAUAAAUUAGUAUCAUGUGCAGAUAAUUAGAAUCAAAUUAUUAUUUGGGAAAGGAGACAAAAUAAUCAGUUUGAAUUCAAGUAUUUUGUUAAAUAAUCAAUUUAAGAAAAAGGACUUAAGGUUAAGUUUAUUAAAGAUAAUUAAUUUAUUUGGAUAACUGGUGGUAAAGAAAUAGAUAAACUUUAUGUGUUUGAAAUAGAAUAAGGAAUCUUUUAAGAAAAUAAGGACAAGACAAUUUAAUUAAUUGCAAAUAAUCAAAAUGUUGAUGAAUAUCGUUUUCCAAUUGUUUAUAAUAAAGAGAGGAAUUUGAUAUUAGUAAGGCAUAAGACAUAUAUUUAUAUCAUCAGAGAAAUUAAUGAUGCCAAAUACAAAAUUUAUCAUUAACUUAAUUGUGAAACAAUUGGUAUUUUUGGAACUAUCACAAAUAAUGGGUAAUAUUUGGUAUAUUGGGAUAGCAAAAAGUAAGAAUAUUCAACAUAUGAAUUAUUAAAUUAAUGA